CUCUCUCUCUCUCUCUCUCCGGCAGAGCCAUCUUUUCUUCUUACAUAUCAAAAUCCCGGGGCGCCGAAGCAGAAACGAUGGCGUCGGUGUGCAUAUCGAGCUGCGUGGACGACGCCCGCGUCCCGGUGAGAGCAACCUACGUGAACCUCUACAAAUGGCCGGAAUCCGACUUCGAGUUCGUUAGGUCGAUGAGCUCCAAAUCCCACAACUCUAGUCACGGCCGCCCCAGAGUGGUGGACAGCAUCUCAUGCAGGCAAAUGUAUUUGAGAAGCUACACUUUUUCGAGGGAGGAAGACUACAAAGAGGAGAAGGCCAAGGUCAAGUGCCUCGGCAGAGCCAAAGACAAGAAGAAGAAGAAGAAGCCGGCGGCAGGGAUCAAGAGGGCCAAGUCGGCGUCGUGCUCCGCCUUGACCUAUAUUUUCCGGCGGCUGCUCUCUUGCACCACCGAGAUUGAUGUUGUUAAUUAACUACUAAUGCAUUGGGUAAUCUUUUUC